GCGAGCAUCGCUGACAGACCCAACGGAUCGCUGCAAGCGCAGAUUAAUUAGCCCGGUUCGGAUCAGCCCGGCGCCGCAGCAGCAUGUCGUCCGCCCCAGAAGCCCAGAACCAAGAACCGAACCAGGAGCCGCCGAAAGAGACGAACGCGGAGCAGAAACCGGAGGAGAAAGAGGCGCAGGGGGAGGAGAAGGAUGCGGCGAAGGAGGAGGUGAAGGUGGAGGAGAAGGAGGAGAAAACGGAGGAGAAGAAGAAGGAGGAGAAGAAGAAGAAAGAGAAGAAGAAAGAGGAGAAGGACAAGAAGAACAAGAAGAAGAAGGAGCAGAAAAAGGAGGAGAAGAAAGAAUCAUGGAAGGAUUUCAUCUACAACCCGCGGACCGGAGAGUUCCUGGGCCGAACCGCCAGCAGCUGGGGUCUCAUUUUCCUCUUCUACCUCAUCUUUUAUGGCGUCCUGACGGGAAUGUUCAUCCUCACCAUCUGGGUGAUGCUGCAGACGCUGGAUGACGCCGUUCCCCGGCACCAGGACCGCCUGGACUCUCCAGGUCUGGUUUUUCGUCCUCAUGCUGUUGAGAUUUCCUACAAUCGCUCGGAUCCAGCUAAAUUCAACCCGUACGUCCAGCAGCUGCACGACCUUCUGCAGCAGUACAACGACAGCAUCCAGGAGGGGAACGACUUGUGUCUGGUGGGCGAAUACACGGACCAGGACGACCAGCCCAAGAAGAAGGUCUGCCAGUUCAAACGCAGCAAUCUGCGCCAGUGCUCCGGUUUGCCGGACACCAGCUUCGGCUACGCCGAGGGGCAGCCCUGCGUCAUCCUCAAGCUGAACCGGGUCAUCGGACUGAAACCCGAAGGAGAUCCAUACAUCAACUGUACCGCCAAGAGAAACACCCCGCUGCAGAUGAUUUACUUCCCGCCUGAAGGUCGUCUGGAUAAAAUGUUUUUUCCGUAUUACGGCAAAAUCGCUCACCCGGAUUACGUCCAGCCGCUGGUGGCCGUCAAGCUACUGCUAACUAAGGAGGACUACAGCGUGGAGCAGACGGUGGAAUGUAAAGUGGAGGGAUCCAACCUGCGCAACAGCGACGAGCGGGACAAGUAUCUGGGUCGGGUCACUUUCCGGGUCACAGUGUUUCAGUAAACGCUUGGUGCAAUUUUACACUGAAACACAUUUUAAAUUCAGGAAACUUUUAGCCCAGACCUGAUCUACUCCUACAAGUCUGAAUCAACUGGAUCCAACAAUCAAAUCUGGACCGCUGAGGUUUAACGACACACUGCCAGAACCUCCGCAGCAUCCUCGUGGUUCAGCCCAGUUUGACAGAUAGCUCACCCGUUUCUGUUAUGCGUAGCUUAAAGAAGAAGAGCUGCGCUGGAUCCUGUUGAGGCGCUGGGAGCAGAUCAGGUCUGAUGUGGAAGCAUGUGAGCCCAGAGCACAUCAGUGUGUUGUUUUUAGACUUUUCUAUGUUAGUGAGAUCAUUAAAGAGUAAUCUGAUUCCUAUCGUGAGUCGCAGGGCAGCGCAGCAGAGUCUGCCUGAGAGAGCAAACAUUUCGGUCCCUGUUUCAUUAAAAGUCACAUGGUCUAAAAUCAAAGAAUGCUGCAAUAUUUUCCAUAAUUCUGACUGGGAUGUUCUGGUUCUGCAACAGCUGAAACAGAUCAUUCAUACAUACAGUAGGAAAGUGCUACUUCUUAGCAAAUUUCUUUAGUUAAAGUCUCAGAAUGAACAUUAAUAUUACUAAUCCAUAGAAAUAACAAUAAUUGUGUUUCUAACCAGUGAAUAAAAAACUUGGUUUAGAGUCGGGUGUGGAAAGCGAGUCACCUCGAUUCAGGUUAGCAGGUCAGCAGAAACGGUGCUACAGGAUGAACCGAGUCCUGAGUUAUUGCAGCUGACGCUAACGCUGAUUGCUAACGGACAGUGUCAGAUUGUUUGAAAUACAACCCAGUGCAGUUGGUAGUCUAAACCUGACCCUUAUCUGACAAAAUGAAUUUAGAGGAACCUAAGUAUGCUAAAUAUUUUCAAAGUUAGCAAAAGCAGUAAAGUGCUAAAUAAACAAUUUGCUUCCAUAUUAACAUGUUAGCAGAUUAAUGGAAGUGAUAAAAGGUUUCAUCCAACCACUAACCACGAGUGACAGGAAAAGUUGUGUUCUUUGUGGAAAAAUGUUGAAAUUCUGCCAGUGUAUGAAAACUUAUGAGCUCAACUUUAACUUCAGCAGGAAGAUAAACAAGAAUCCUAACAAAAAGAAAAACA